UGGGCGCACGCUCAUCAAGGCGGGCAGGUUAAAGUAAAUAGCACUUUCCUUGCCAACCUUCAGCACACGGAGCAAAGGAAGCAAGGGAAGGUGCUCACCGUAUCCUCCGUUUCGGCCGUAUCCAAUAAUUCUACUCCUGUUGCUCAUCAUCUCUUUAAUAUUCUUGAUAUAAGCUUCAUUUCGCACCACCAAGCUAUUACUCAUUCUACAUGCCUCUGAUACUUGACUGGCAAUUCCGGGCGUCUUCCAAGUAAUUCCCAGUACUCCGUUCCGGAUUGUAUCAUGAUAUCAGUUAUCCUCAAGAUAGAGACAGAAUACACUACACUCAUCGUCACGCCUUGAUUCAUUGCCGGUGUAUGCAAAAAUACCCGUGCAAGUCUCAGCGCUAUUCUUUACCAGGUGUAUCCAUCGGCUCCAUCUUGGGCAUGGAAAUCAUCCCUCGAUUCAAACUACCCAUCGAAUACGGUGUUGACUGCCCUGGAACUCUACCUGUCCGUCAACCACUAUAUAGAAAACCAUGCCAAGGCGUCCUCACCCCAUCUCCGGCCCUGACUCAAUCGUGCGGGUCUUGGUCCUAGAGAAAUGGAAGACAAAUUUCGCUGUUGAUUGCCCACUGAUUUUCUCUUCUAGCUCGGUUUCUGAGCAAUAGCACGAACAGGGUCUCGAGACGGUGCUCAAUAUCGAUCUCCAAACAGCCUUUUCCCCCAAUCGUCUCUAUCAUCCAUCUCCACUCUACCGAGCAAUUUGCUCUAGCACUUGGGCUCCUUGUGCAUCCCUAGGAUCACGAAAUGGACUAAAAGCCAUGUGCACAUCAAUUUACAACUAUGACUUUCUUUUGACUCAGUGGCUCAUUGUAUUGUUUAGGUGGCUGUUGUUCCCAGCCGCGGCGUCCAGCGAUCAAUCGUGAGUACGGAUAUUUUUCCUAAUAAUAAUAAAAAACAAUCUGCCCAGCUCCUAGGAUCUUCCACGAAAAUCCAAUCAACAUCCAAUGUCCUGCCGCCUCCUGUCUCCGGCCUUGUUAAAAGCCCCUUGACAACAGGACUGGCUUCUUUCCGAACUAUCCACCAAGUCCUUGUCCCUGGAUUUCUCGCUUGAGCCCAGUGCCGACGAGUGCGCCGUGCCUAGGCGGCCAAGAUCAACGCAGUUGACAUGGUCUUGGGUGGAUCAUUAUAGAGCAGAACCCGAGAUGAUGUUGUUAUGCCAGAACCAGAGCGUUUCGACAAGUGGCAGUCUCGACAUUUUUCAGCCAGUCGUCAGUGCUCUCCUCAGCGCAGAGGUCGUCUGCUGGACUGCAUGACCCUGUCAUUGGCUUCUUGGCUCUGUUGUGUCUCCUACACCACUUUGGCACUCAGAUGAAUCACGGCGCUACCCGUAGCUGCCAUGAGGCUCUAUUGUCUCAUGUUUGCUGCAAUGGUUCUUGUGACGUUGGCUUGGAUUUGAGCAUCGUCUCAGGUCAAGAAUUACGUUUUGUUCGAUUUUUCGACACACUGUUGCUGCCCUUCUCAUAGCCCGCAGCGUAUCCCUGUUCCGCCGUGGGAUGCACCAAGUGUCAGGUCAUGUCAUAUCAGGUCACGCUUCAGCUACCCGCAGCAGCGUCAUCCUCUGGCAAACGCUUCUAUCCAGUAACCUUAUGUAUCAACCCUCCAACAUGUCGUGGCUACGAGAGCCGGCCAUCACAGAAACUCUACCGAGCACACCAUCACAGCACACAGCAGGUUUAUGUCUGGGAUCUGGUGAUUCCUUGCUCAUCGAUUUCUUCAAUAUUACCUACCUUACCUAAGACCCAAAGUUCAAGGAGAGACUGGUCUGAUCUGGUUUCAAGCCUAAACAUGGCCCUACAGCGGCUGGGCGCUAGCGAAAACGUCGUAUUAAACAGUAUCCGCAUUGUGCCCUAG